UCUAUAGACAUAUUGGAUUCCUAAAAUCAAGAAUCUGGUGAAGGCUGUGGUCAAUCCGUGUAAGAUUUGCACGAUUUACAAAAAGAGACUUCAAACACAGCUGAUGGGCGAUUUCCCGACAGAUAGAGUCUCCUUCUCGAGGGCGUUCACUUACACGGGUAUCGACUAUGCCGGCCCUUUCGAAAUAAAAAAUUAUACAGGGAGAUCGUGUCUCAUAACGAAUGGAUAUGUUUGUGUGUUUGUGUGCUUUUCCACGAAGGCUAUCCAUUUGGAACCCACUUCCGAUCUAACAACCGAGAAAUUUCUAGCGGCCUUUGCUCGUUUCGAAGCGAGGCGCGGUUGUCCUCAGCGGGUCCAUUCGGAUAAUGGUAAGACCUUUGUGUGGGCCGCAACUUUGAUUUCCAGGGACUUUCUCCAAGCUAUCAUCCCACCAGGGGCUCCACAUAUGGGGGGUUUGUGGGAAGCAGGGGUGAAAAGCUUCAAAACCCUGUUCCUUAAAUCGACGUCAGCCCGCAAAUAUACAUUUGAGGAGCUGGCGACGAUUCUCGCUAAGAUCGAGGCUUGCCUCAACUCUAGACCCCUCUCCCCUAUGUCCGAAGAUCCCUCAGAUUUGCUGGCCCUCACACAAGGCCAUUUCCUUAUUGGAGGGCCGUUGCUUUUCACGACGGAACCCGAGAUAAAGGGCGAAGCCAAGUCGAUAAUAAAUCGAUGGCAACACCUCAAGGCACAACAUCAGCAGUUUAGUGCACGGUGGAAAGAGGAGUAUCUUAAAGAACUCCAUAAACGAAACAAAUGGCAAUUUCCGACCAGGAACCUCCAAGCCGACGAUAUGGUAGUUGUCAAGGAGGACAAUCUACCACCGAACGAAUGGCGGCUCGGCAGAAUCGUUUCUGCCUUUCCAGGAGCCGACGACCGCAUUCGAGUCGUUGAGAUCCGUACGUCUCGCGGCACCAUAAAACGCCCUGUCCACAAAGUUAUUCUUCUACCGAUGGAGGACAAAGAGUCCUCCGUUCCUAGGGAUUAGGGCACUUCCCCCAUUCCGGGGCCCAAAUAGUAGUCGGCUCAUA